AUGGCAAAAAGACGACAACUCACUGACGAUACGCAACUCACAAACGAAAAGCAGGCAGACGAGAAAGCCAUUAAUACCAUCGUUAUAAAUUCAGUAUCCGAAUUCAAAAUCACAGAUGGACCAGCCAAGGAAACCCCCAGUGAGAUAAAACUGUCAGAAUCCAGCAUAUCCCUGUCCUCCCUUGAAGAAUGCCAAACGAAAUUUUCCUACCUCCAAACUCAUCCUUCAGUUCAUCCAAGAGACACUGAUGAGGACUGUGCCUCCCUCAUCCUCACCUGUCUGUUUUGCCAGUUUUUGGAUUGUCUCCUGAUGCUCCCGGAUACGUGUGAAACGGUGUGUACCAAUUUGUGCUGCCCCUCUCACAGGUAUCGCCACACCUCAGAUGAAAGCCACUCCCGGAAUGACUGCAACUGCAACUGUGACAUAGACUUCAGCCUUUUUGAAUCUUGCCAGGAGACCAGUGAGUGCCUGGAGCUGGCCAUGGAGAUUUCAGAAAUCUGUUACCACUAG